GCUAUCUGAGAACCAGAGAGGAGAUCCUCACGAAGUGGUUCCCUCGGAGAGGCUUUGUUCUCCUGAGAGAGAGUUCGGUUUGUCCCAGAGGUCCCCGCGGGCCGAGGAGAGGACAGAGUCGGCUAACGAUCCGGACCCCUCCAACAGACCAGGUUCCGGUUCAUCUGAAUGGCAGAGACCCGUAGAACCGGACCAGAAGCCAAACGUCGUUCAGCCUAAAGCCUCAGAAAAGUCCAGGUCCAAGGACAGGUCACCUUCAGGGAAGAAAAGGACUCGGUCCAGGUCCCCGCGCAAGGACAGAGGAAGGAAGUCAUCCAAGAAGGGGAAAAGAUCAAAAUCCCCUUACAGGAGUUACCGGAGGAAGUCCAGGAGCCGCUCGGCAAGGAGGAAGUCCAGAAGCCGCUCGGCAAGGAAGAAGUCCAGGAGCCGCUCGGCAAGGAGGAAGUCCAGGAGCCGCUCGGCAAGGAGGAAGUCCAGGAGCCGCUCGGCAAGGAGGAAGUCCAGGAGCCGCUCGGCAAGGAGGAAGUCCAGGUCCGGGAGCCGCUCGGCAAGGAGGAAGUCCAGGUCCGGGAGCCGCUCGGCAAGGAGGAAGUCCAGGUCCGGGAGCCGCUCGAAAUGCAAGAUGAUUGCAGACAGCACAGGAGAGCUUCCUGUGGCCCUACCUCACGUUUCAGACGAAGAAGACGAUGGAAAACUCUUCGGAGGAGCCGCCAUUCGAGAACAAAAAGUCAUCAACUUCAACAUCAGU